GUCACCUGGGUUUCCCUCCUCGCUGCGCAAUGUCCUGCUACGACCUGUGCCUGCCCUCCUCCUGCGGCCCCAAGCCGCUGGCCACGAGCUGCACCGAGCCCUGCUUCAGGCGCUGCGGCGACUCCGUGACCAUCAUCCAGCCGCCCACCGUCGUGGUGACCCUGCCCGGCCCCAUCCUCAGCUCCUACCCGCAGAACACCACGGUGGGAUCCACGGCAUCGGCGGCCGUCGGGAGCUACCUGCGGUGCUGCGGGGUGCCCGUCGCCUCCGGCGGCGCCCGGGGGCUGCGGGAUGCUGGACUGCUGUGCCUGGGCGGCGGGCUGUAG